CUCAUGGGAAAUCACACGAUCCGGCGAAAUGGAUGAGUUACAAGCGAAAUUCUGUCAGAAAAAGCUUAAAGUGCUUGAAAAACAACGAAGCGAAUACGACAAUGUUUUAAAAGAAACAGAAGAUCAAUUAGAAGCUUUAAGACAACGUGCUGAACAACUUUCAACAACCAAAGAAACUUCCGUCGCGACAGACAAAUUGACGAAUGAUGAAAUUGCGAGAUACAGUCGACAAAUAAUUCUUCCAAAUUUCGGAGUAAAAGGACAAUUAAAAUUAAAAAAUGCUUCCGUUUUAAUUGUCGGCGCCGGAGGUUUAGGAUGCCCAUCAGCUCAACAUCUUGUCGGAGCAGGAAUUGGUCAUAUUGGCAUUGUAGAUUACGAUUCUGUGGAAAUUACGAAUUUACAUCGACAAUUAAUGCAUUCGGAAGAGAUGAUAGGCGUACCGAAAGUCGAAUCUCUCAAAAAAUCGUUGUUAAAGUUAAACUCUAAUACGAAAAUUACGACUUUCAAUACGCAAUUAGACAGCAAAAACGCUUGUCAGAUAAUUUCUGAUUUCGAUAUUGUGUUAGAUUGUACUGAUAAUGUUGCAACGCGAUAUUUGUUGAAUGAUGCGUGUGUUAUGCUCAAAAAACCUUUAGUUUCAGGCAGUGCAUUGCAAUUUGAAGGGCAAUUAACGGUAUACAAUUUCAAUGGAAGUCCUUGCUAUCGAUGUGUUUUUCCAAAACCUCCUCCGCCAAAUGCUGUUACGAAUUGCGGCGAUGGAGGCGUUUUCGCAACAGUAACGGGAGUAAUUGGUACGAUGCAAGCAAUGGAAGCAACAAAAAUCAUACAAGGAUACGAUAAUGUUUUGGCAGGCAAACUUUUGAUUUAUGACGCUUUGGAAACGACUUUUCGUAAUGUCAAGUUACGCGGAAAAAAGAACAAUUGUGAUGUUUGCGGAGAAAAUCCCUCAAUUAAGGAGCUAAUAGAUUAUGAACAAUUUUGUGGCAUGAAAGCUACUGACAAGGAUUCGCAUUUGAGUAUUUUAGACUCGAAUGAACGUGUAACUGUUGAGGAAUUCAAUGCCAAAUAUUGCGAAAACGAUCAUCUGCUUAUCGAUGUGAGAAGCAAAAACGAAUUUGAAAUAUGUCAACUACCUCAUUCUAUUAAUGUACCAAUUAAAGAAAUUUUGGAUGACAGAAAAACUGAAGAUAUCAAAAAAAUUAUCGAUAAAGCUCAAAAAAAUCCAAUUUUUGUCGUUUGUCGACGAGGAAAUGAUUCACAAUUAGCAGUUCAAAGACUAUCAAAAAUAUUUCCAGAUUUAACAUUUAAAGACAUUAAUGGCGGUUUACACGCAUGGAGCAGAAAUAUUGAUCCAAAAUUUCCAAUGUACUAAAAAAAAUCAUAUUUUUAUGCUAAUACUCCAAAUUUGAUAAAACUUGAAA